AUGUGUGACCCGGGGCAAUCAGGGGCUUGUGAUCAGGAGAACGAGAAGUGGUCCUUUUGCAAUCUUACUGGGAAUGCACUUGCUUCUUUCUUCUUGAAAGCAACGCAUCAAGAUUUCAAGGACCAAACAAAAAACUCGAAUAUUGAGCUGAGGAGUUAUAGCCACUCCAAUGGUUUGGAAGCGAUAAACUUCGAUAACUCUUGUGGUACAUUUUACCUUUCGGUUAUUCACUUGGAUGAUAACUCCGAGGUUGUGCUAAGGAACCUUGUGGCCUAUGAAGCAUGUAUUGCACCGGAGGUAAUGGUUCUGACUCGCUACGCUGAGUUGAUGAAUAGAAUAAUCGAUUCCGAGGAGGACGUGAAGAUUCUUCGAGAGGCUGCAGCUCUAUGGUUGUUUAGAAAAGGUUAGUAGCAGUUAGAAGCAACUCAAAGAUGGUGAAACUUUUCAAGUAACGAGGUGA